GUACUCUGAAAUUGAUCCCAAUUUGCUUCCCCAUUCUUUUCUUUUCUCUCUCUUAUCAUACAUUUGAAGGUUUCAACUUCCCAUAUUAUUGAGUCUUCUUGGCAGUUGGUUUGGUGGCAAAGAAAUUAGCUUUUUUUUUUUUUUUGAAUAUUAGAGAAUUUGGAUAAAGAAAGAUUCAUGGAGAAAAUGACAUGCCAUGUCUAUUAUUAAUUGUUGUUUCUUUGUUUCUGUUUAUCAUAUACUAUAUAUCUAUCUAUCUGUCUCUUCUUCAUCCAUUUCUCUCACUCUUCUAUUUCUUUCUUUCAUCUCAAAUUCCAAAUAUAUAUCUAUUUAUUCUUAGCUUCUAUUUCUUUUUCUUUCUUUUUUUAAUCUCUUAACCCUUUUUUCUCUCUUUGUACAAACUUUCCAUUUUUUGAUCGCUUACUUCAUAGUUUUAUUGCAUAAUUCGUUCUGGGUUCUCAUUUUCAUCCCUUUUCUAAUUGCCCGUUUGAAUUUUAAUUCAAUUAAAAAGAUUUGGGUUUGAUUUUGGAUAUAAAGAUGAUGAUGAUGACAAUGGAAGGGAUGAUGGAUAAGGGAGUAUUGGAUGAUAUAAUAAGGAGGCUAUUGGAGGGGAAAGGAGGAAAGCAGGUUCAGCUUUCUGAAGGAGAGAUCCGUCAAUUGUGUGUUAAUGCUCGCCAAGUCUUUCUCUCUCAGCCUAAUCUCCUUGAGAUUAAAGCUCCCAUUCGCAUAUGUGGUGAUAUUCAUGGACAAUAUCAAGACCUCCUGAGGUUGUUUGAAUAUGGUGGCUACCCCCCUUCUUGCAACUACCUUUUUCUCGGAGAUUAUGUUGAUCGAGGAAAGCAAAGUUUGGAGACUAUAUGUCUGCUUCUGGCCUAUAAAAUCAGUUAUCCUGACAAAAUUUUUCUAUUGAGGGGAAAUCAUGAAGAUGCAAAGAUCAAUAGGAUAUAUGGGUUUUAUGAUGAGUGUAAAAGGAGAUUCAAUGUCAGGCUUUGGAAAAUAUUUACUGACUGUUUCAAUUGUUUGCCUGUGGCUGCACUCAUUGAUCAGAAGAUACUGUGUAUGCACGGUGGCCUCUCUCCUGAGUUGGAAAAUGUCAACCAAAUAAAGGAAAUUCAGAGGCCUACUGACAUUCCUGAUAGUGGUCUGCUUUGUGACCUACUUUGGUCUGAUCCUAAUGUUAAGGUUGAGGGCUGGUCAGAUAGCGAUCGAGGAGUUUCAUGUACCUUUGGAGCUGAUAAGGUUGCUGAGUUUUUGGAUAAGAAUGACCUUGAUCUCAUUUGCCGAGGUCACCAGGUGGUGGAAGAUGGAUACGAAUUUUUUGCUAAACGAAGACUAGUCACAAUAUUUUCAGCCCCAAACUAUGGUGGGGAGUUUGACAAUGCAGGUGCUUUGCUGAGUGUCGACGAAUCUCUAGUGUGUUCCUUCGAGAUAUUGAAGCCAGCUGCAUCAGCAAGCAGUUCUAAGUUGCCCCUUAAGAAGGUUAUCCAGCCACCUACCCUCCUAAAGCUUGAAAUAUCUAACAUGAGUCAGGUCAUCUGGGGUCUCAUUCCGGUUUUGAAUAGAAGAUAAACCAAGCUUUCAUGCUACAGAUUGAAAUAUCUGUUAUGAUGCAGUCUUACAAGAUGAGAAACGUUUUCCUCUUAUUGAUUAGCACAUAAUACGAUGUGCACUGCAGAUAGCUAGAGCAAAAAAUUAUGUAGAUAAACAAUUAACAGCACUUGCCAUCUUCUGGACAGGAGCUGAAGUUUUCACGUUGGACAUUUUUUCAUAACGCCUUGUUCCCACCGAUUAGCGUAUCCUAUCAACUGAAUGGGAAUAGCCUGCCUUCUUUUUUGUUGAGUUUGUACAAGUACCGUGGUUUGCUCAUGUAAGUCCUGUUGUUGACCUAUUACCCUUGGAAAAGAACACUUCAUUCUUGGCAGGCGGAUUGCAUUAGAUUGUACCCCCAACCGAACUGGCUUUUGAUUUAAGUUCUCUAACUUGUAAAUAAUUGAUGAUAUGUUGAAUAAUUUCAAGUAACUAGGUUACAGUUCUGGCUGCA